AUGGCAACAACCACCGAGGCCUCGCAGGCGGACGGGCUUCAGACACUGGCCGACCACUUCAAGGACAGGCCCUUAUCCGAGCACGGCUCGCGGUGGAACACGUGCUGGCAGCGCAACCAGACCGACUGGGACCGCGGGCAGCACAGCGUCGCGCUGCUCGAGAUCCUGACCCAGGGCCUGCCGCCACAAAACGACGACGAGGGCCAAGGUCGUACGGCGGGCGAGUUGUUUCCUGGUCAUCCGUGCUGCUCCUCCGGUUCCUCCACUACCAUCACUACUGACAGUGGCGACCAAUAUCGCCAUGGUCGUCGUCGUCCGAAAGCCCUCGUCCCCGGCUGCGGCCGCGGCUACGAUGUGCUCCUUCUCGGCUCGCUGGGCUACGACGUCGUCGGGCUCGAUCUGUCGCCCAUCGGGAUCCAGCGAGCCAGGGAACAUGCAGAGCGGAGCCAGAAGGACGGGACGUACCCGGUGAAACUCGCCGGGGGCGUUGUCCAGCAUGCCAGCCCGGAACCAGGCUCUUUCCAGUUUGUCGAGGGCGACUUUUUCAAGGACGACUGGCUCGAACAGGUCAGUGGCGGCGGCGGCGGCGGCGAGAAGGAUGUCAAGUUCGAUCUCAUCUUUGACUACACGUUCGGCUGCGCCCUCCCCCCCUCAGCCCGACCACAGUGGGCCAACCGGCUGUCCAGCCUCCUCCUGCGACCCGGCGGGAGACUAGUCUGCCUCGAGUUCCCCUCAACAAAGUCCCCCGACGAGCCCGGCCCGCCGUGGGCCAUGCCCCCCGGCGUCUACGAGCGCUACCUCGGCGGCCGCAACAGCAGCAGCAGCAGCAGCAGCAGCAACAUUCAAGGCAGUCGCGUGGGAAGAGGAGGAGGAGAAGAAGAAGAAGAGAGUGCCGGCGGUGCUGGCCUCAAGAGACUAAUCCACGGGAAGCCCACCAAGACACACGCUGCCGGUAUGCGCGAGGAAGACGAUGGGAAGGGGGGCAAGACGAUGGUCGUAGUAGACUGUGUAUCGGUGUGGUCACAUUGA